CUUUUCAUGCGAGCUGAAUGCGCUGUUUCCUUUUCCAGUGGUAAAUGGUCAAGAACCAUGCUGGAAGCAUCUGAACAAGCGAGGCUUUCUCCCGUUUGGUUCCCCGGUCUUUGCUGCAGCUUUGCUUCAUUCGUCUUUGGACGUGGAUAGGAAAGCACACAGACAGUGCAAAAAAAAAAAAAAAAAAGCAAGAGGGGAGCAUUUCUGAAUGUUUACAGGAUGAAUUUCCCUAACAGUACAACAGUCUCUCCUCCGCGUGCAAAUAUUGGAAGCUCUCCAACAGGCACAGAUAUUGCAGUCAUUGGAGGUGUCAUUGCAGCUGUGGUCUUAGUCUUGAUUUGCCUCUUGGUGUUGAUGCUGAGAUACAUGUACCGGCACAAGGGCACCUACCAUACCAAUGAAGCAAAGGGAACUGAAUUUGCCGAAAGCGCAGAUGCUGCUCUGAAAAAUGACCCUACCCUUCAAGAUGCCAUGGAUGAGAACCGAAAAGAAUAUUUCAUCUGAAAGCAAAAGCAGCACCCUUGAGACACCCCUUUGUUUUUCUCUCCUUCGCAAGGGGCAGUGCAUUAAAAAAAGUAAAGAAAAAGCCAGCAGGAUAUGGAGAUUACACAAAAGAGAACAAGGCGACUAAUUGAAAUAUUGCUGUUUAACAACAGCAAGGACUGGAUGCCAGAUCUAUAGCUGUUUAUUUGAUUAACCACACCACUGGGUUCAAUAUCAGAUGAACGGAAAGAAAAGUCUCGGGAUGAACGAUUUAACUGAUAGCAGAUAAAAGCAUCAAAUGUCAAAUCCUGACAUUUGGCAAAAAAAAUAUCUGGGUUGAUGGAAAGCUCCUUCAUGGAUACACUGAUUCAUCCGUAUUGAUAUAAUACCUUGAAGUGAAUUUAUAGCAGCAAAAAAAAAAAAAAAUCUCCCAUAAAAAAGGAAGCUGGCUCAAGAAUGUUGGUCAUCAUUCAUGUAUCUAGGUUUUUCUUAACAUGCAUCAGCUUAUCAAUGUGAAUAUGCAUAUUUUCUUGAUCGUUCUUUUUUUUUUUUUAAGAAUACCCUGAAGUUGUUUCUGCUUUCUUAUGUUUUUUAGAACAAUGACCUAGCAACCCAAUUCUCACAGGGGGGGGAAAAAACUGCAGGAAAAGACAGAGAAAAGUUUUUAAUAUGAAAGAAUGCCAUUUCUGGAUAUUUCUUGCAGUGGGCAUAUAUAAGAGAUGAGUUUAUUGACUUCUCAGCUUUUAAUGCCAUAUCAAUUAUUUUGAACUUGUACUUUUGUUUUAAAUAGUAGAGCUCCCUACCUCCAUUGGGUACUACUUGCUUAAUUUUGAGAGUGAUCUCAGAUUUAUAGUAGCAGUUUAAAUUGAUUGAGGUAGUUCUACCUCAGCUGAGGGUGAGAAUUGCAGAAGCAGAUGCAGAAGCAAUCAUUUAAGUUCACAUAGGGGAGUCUUUUCUUCUAUGUUGGCUGAAAAUGGAAUGAGAUGCAGGAAAAAAAGUGCUUGGUUAGUCUUGGCACCAGCAAACCCAAACUAUAUCUCUCUUUCUCUCCCCCUUGUUCCAGCAAACUAUGUCCUAUUUCUGUGACUAAUAUAAUGUACUAGUCAUGUUAGCUGUUUGACAUUUUCCCCCGAUUACAUUUUGGCUGGAGCUGCAGUUAUAAUACUAGAGGGGAUUAGCAAUGUAAUUUUUGUAGGAACAAUAGUACAAUGGCAGUAAUAUUAGUACAGUGUUUUACUUCACUGCUCAAAUUAUAAGAAAGUCGGAGAGCUUUUAUCCUUGAAUUUACUGAUUGCCUCCUUACUGUUGUUCUUCAAGAGUACAGGAGAAUCAUAUAUUAGCAAAACAAUGAAAGAACUUUGGAAUUGGGACCCCCUCUGGAGGGGAUUGUGCAUUUCAUUAAAUUUCUUUCUAUAUUUUGCCUCUGCUAACCCAUCAAGUACAGUCAGGACUUGACUGCUGUAGAAAUUACUUUGGCAGGCUAAUCCCCUCCCCGCAACAAACCCCAACAAAAAGGUCUAAUUUUCACAUCAUGGACCAGCCUAAUCUCAUUUUUAAAAUCCUGUACUAAAUUAUUAUCUUCAGAAAUAUUUAGGUGCAGGUGGACAAAUAUGCUGUGUGACCAGGAAACUGUCUCACAAGCAAAUUAGAUACUUCUCUUCAAAUUCAUUUGAAUUCAGUGAGUCACGUGGUAACAGAUUUCGAAUAGCAUUGAAGUGUGGGUGGAGUUUAGGUGUACAUACGGAACCCUUGUGAGCUACAGUAUUGCUUUGACAUAGAGAAGUGAGAGAAAAAAAGGACACGGUGGCUCAGUGCUAAGACGCUGAGCUUGUCAAUCGAAAGGUCGGCAGUUCAGCAGUUUGAAUCCCUAGUGCCAUGUAACAGGGUGAGCUCCCAUUACUUGUCCCAGCUUCUGCCAACCUAGCAGUUCGAAAGCACUUAAAAAAUGCAAGUAGAAAAAUAGGGACCACCUUUGGUGGGAAGGUAACAGCGUUCCGUGCGCCUUUGGCGUUUAGUCAUGCCGGCCACAUGACCAUGGAGACGUCUUCAGACAACGCUGGCUCUUCGGCUUUGAAACGGAGAUGAGCACCACCCCCUAGAGUCAGGAACGACUAGAACAUAUGUCUUUACCUUUACCUUUUUAUAGUGAGAAAACCAUCCAACAAGCUCAAUUCCUGGUAAUGUCAAGGUCAUAUCCAUGUAACUUUCCUGGCAAACAACUACUCUUCCUCCUUCUGAAGUCUAUUUUAAUCUUCCUGACCUAAUCCCAUGUUGGGAUUUCAUAUUUUCUCCCAUCUUUUUCUAGGCUUAUAUAUAACCGUAGGAAAAUCAGUUUCUGAAUGUGUAUGAUUUUUCAGUAUCCAACAUUAUUAUUAUUAUUAUUUUAAUCAUAGCCUCAUCAUUUAUAACACAUUGCUGUUUUGUUGACAACUGUAACCCAGGGUCUGCAUCUUUCUGUUGAUUGGAAUCAUAUUUAAUUCCUGGGAUUGGUGGGAGUAAUUAAGUACCACAGUGGAUAUAAACUGAGAUGGAAAACAGUCAAAAUGAUGUUAUUCACUUCAGGAAGCUGUCAUUUUCCAGAUUUAUUGUUCUACUUCCCUCCUGAUUUUGGUUGGUUUCUUUGUUUUUUGUAGCAGCUACUCCUAAAAGAAAAAUUAAGCUUAUUCUAAGCUUAUACAAUGUUUUUAUUGUGUUUUCUGCCUUAAUAUAAUGAGAAGCUAUGUUGGCAAUUUUAAUAAUUGUGCCAUCAAAUUAUAACAGGGCAGUUCAAGGAAUUUCAAGUCUGCCAAAAUGUGCCUUAGGUAGCCUACCUCUGCUUUAACCAAAGAAAAAUUUCAAAUGGCUUCACUCUCCUGUCUCUCUCUUUGGGAAUAUUAAAAUAUAGGUAAAUAA